AUGGCGGAAGGAGCGGAUGGAGAGGAAGAGAUUCAGUUCCUGCGUACGGAUGAUCAAGUGGUGCUGCAGUGCACUGCAUCUAUUCUGAAGGAACAGAUCAAGCUGUGUCUGUCGUGUGAAGGGUUUGGGAAUCGUCUGUGUUUCCUUGAGACCACCUCGAACGCUCAGAAUGUCCCUCCAGACCUUGCCAUCUGCUGCUUCAUUUUGGAGCAGUCCCUGUCUGUGCGGGCGUUACAGGAGAUGCUGUCCAACUCGUCUGUGGAUGAGUCAUCACAAGGGGGUGGUCACCGAACCCUACUCUACGGACAUGCCAUCCUCCUGAAACACACUCACUCCAGCAUGUACUUGAGCUGUUUGACUACUUCGCGCUCACUGACAGACAAAUUGGCUUUUGAUGUGGGCUUGCAGGAGGACUCCACAGGAGAGGCCUGCUGGUGGACCAUCCAUCCAGCCUCUAAACAAAGGUCUGAAGGAGAGAAGGUCAGGGUGGGAGAUGACCUCAUUCUUGUCAGUGUUUCUUCAGAGCGAUACCUGCAUCUGUCCUAUGCCAGUGGUGACUUGAUGGUAGAUGCUUCUUUCAUGCAAACACUGUGGACCAUGACCCCUGUGAUGUCUGGAUGUGAGCUAGCUGAAGGUUUCCUGACUGGAGGAUAUGUGCUCAGGCUGUUCCAUGGUCACAUGGACGAGUGCUUGGCAAUCCCAGGAGCUGACCAAGGGGACGACCAGCGCAGAGUUGCUCAUUAUGAAGGAGGGGCUGUAUGCAGUCACGCCCGAUCCUUAUGGAGACUUGAGCCACUACGUAUCGGUUGGAGCGGAGGUCAUAUUAAAUGGGGCCAGUCUUUCCGGAUACGUCACAUAACAACAGGCAGGUACCUUUGUCUGGAUGAAGAGAAAGGACUGCUGUUGGUUGACCCAGAGAAGGCGGUUUCCAAGAUGUCAGCCUUCUGCUUCAGAAUUUCAAAGGAAAAAAUUGAAGUGACCCAGAAGCGAGAUGUGGAAGGCAUGGGCACGCCUGAGAUUAAGUAUGGAGAGUCCAUGUGCUUCGUACAGCAUGUGUCAUCAGGCCUCUGGCUCACAUAUGCUGCUGUUGAUGCUAAAUCUGCCCGUCUGGGUCCUCUGAAGAGGAAGGCCAUACUCCAUAAAGAAGGUCACAUGGAUGAUGCACUCACAGUGGCUAGAUCUCAGACCGAAGAGUCCCAAGCUGCCAGAAUGAUUUUCAGCACAACAGGCCUCUUCAACCAGUUCAUCAAAGGUCUAGAUGCACUGAGUGGGAAAAACAAAUCUGCCAAUCCCCCAUCUCUGCCCAUGGACACAGUGGUGCUCUCCCUGCAGGAUCUCAUUUUCUACUUCCGACCCCCUGAGGAGGAGCUGGAGCACGAGGACAAACAGUUCAAGCUUCGCUCCCUUAAGAACAGACAGAACCUAUUCCAGGAAGAGGGAAUGAUUACUCAUGUUCUGGACUGUGUCGAUCGGCUCAAUGUCUACAACACGGCAGCCCACUUCUCAGAGUAUGCUGGGGAGGAAGCCGCAGAGUCAUGGAAGGAGAUAGUAAAUUUACUGUAUGAAUUGCUAGCUUCUUUGAUCAGAGGCAAUCGUGCUAACUGUGCCCUGUUUUGUGAUAACCUUGACUGGCUGGUCAGUAAAUUGGAUCGUUUGGAGGCAUCUUCAGGGAUCCUGGAGGUGUUGUACUGUGUACUGAUUGAGAGUCCAGAGGUGCUGAAUAUUAUCCAGGAGAAUCACAUCAAAUCAAUCAUCUCGCUGCUGGAUAAGCACGGACGCAAUCAUAAGGUGCUUGAUGUGCUCUGUUCUCUGUGUGUGUGUAACGGGGUGGCUGUAAGGUCAAAUCAGAAUCUCAUCACAGAGAAUCUACUUCCAGGUCGUGACCUCCUACUUCAAACCAACAUUAUCAAUUAUGUAACCAGCAUGAGACCCAACAUUUUCCUUGGAACGUGUGAAGGAUCCACUCAGUAUAAGAAGUGGUAUUUUGAGGUCAUGGUGGACCACGUGGAGCCAUUCCUUUCAGCUCAGCCAUAUCACCUGCGUGUGGGUUGGGCUCUGACAGAGGGCUACAGUCCUUACCCCGGUGGAGGGGAAGGCUGGGGGGGCAACGGGGUCGGGGAUGACCUCUACUCCUACGGUUUUGACGGGCUUCACCUCUGGUCAGGACGCGUUCCACGACAUGUGGCCACACCCAGUCAGCACAUCCUGGCAGCAGAGGACGUGGUCAGCUGCUGUUUGGAUCUGAGCGUGCCCAGUAUUUCCUUCCGUAUCAAUGGACAUCCUGUUCGGGGAAUGUUUGAGAACUUCAACCUGGAUGGCCUGUUCUUCCCCGUUGUCAGCUUCUCUGCAGGCAUUAAGUUGCGAUUUCUUCUCGGAGGGCGUCAUGGGGAUUUCAAGUUCCUCCCACCUCCAGGCUAUGCUCCUUGCUAUGAAGCAGUGCUGCCCAGGGACCGUUUGCGGAUUGAGCCCAUCAAGGAGUAUAAGCAUGAUUUCGAUGGCAUCCGCAACCUGUUGGGUCCAACUCAGUCCCUCUCACAUACAGCCUUCACUCCUUGCCCUGUGGACACUAUACAGAUUGUACUUCCUCCUCACUUGGAGCGCAUUCGAGAGAAGCUUGCAGAAAAUAGCCACGAGUUAUGGGCUGUUACUCGCAUUGAACAAGGAUGGACAUAUGGGCCAUUUCGUGAUGACAACAAGAAGCUGCACCCCUGCCUGGUAGAUUUCCAGAGUCUGCCUGAACCAGAGAAGAACUACAAUUUAGCCAUGUCAGGAGAGACACUCAAGACUCUGCUGGCACUAGGCUGUCAUGUAGGAAUGGGAGAUGAGAAAGCAGAGGAGAAUCUGAAAAGGACCAAGCUCCCAAAAACUUACAUACAGAGUAAUGGAUAUAAACCAGCCCCUCUGGACCUCAACCACGUCAAGCUGACUCCUAAUCAAAACACUCUUGUGGAGAGACUGGCAGAAAACGGACACAAUGUGUGGGCAAGAGACAGAGUUCGCCAGGGCUGGACAUACAGUAUUGUGCAGGAUAUAAUGAACAAGCGCAAUCCCCGUCUGGUUCCUUACAACCUACUGGAUGAAAAGACUAAAAAGACCAAUAGAGACACAGUUUGUGCAGCUGUUCGCACUCUCAUUGGAUAUGGGUACAACAUAGAACCACCCGACCAGGAGAGCGGGCAUGGACCAGGCAGCGGCCGUGGAGAUAAGAUCAGAGUGUUCAGAGCAGAGAAAUCUUAUGCUAUCACACAGGGGAAGUGGUACUUUGAGUUUGAGGCUGUGACAGUCGGGGAGAUGAGAGUGGGCUGGGCCAGGCCCAGUGUUCGCGCAGACACUGAACUUGGUGCAGAUGAGUUGGCAUACGUCUUCAAUGGUUUCAAGGCCCAACGUUGGCAUGUGGGAAAUGAGCCAUUUGGUCGUCAGUGGCAAUCUGGUGAUGUGGUGGGUUGCAUGAUCGACCUCACAGAGAUGAACAUCAUGUUUACACUCAAUGGAGAAAUGUUGAUCAGUGACUCAGGCUCAGAGAUGGCCUUUAAGGAUAUCGAGAUAGGAGAGGGCUUCAUACCUGUGUGCAGUCUGGGCCUGUCCCAGGUUGGAAGGAUCAACUUGGGUCAGAACGUCAGUAGUCUUAGUUACUUUACCAUCUGUGGCCUGCAGGAGGGAUUUGAACCCUUUGCUAUCAACAUGAAAAGAGACAUUACCAUGUGGUUCAGCAAGAGCCUUCCCCAGUACAUCAUUGUGCCUACUGAGCAUCCUCACAUUGAGGUGUCCCGUGUUGAUGGGACAGUGGAGACUGCUCCUUGUCUCAAAGUUACGCACAAGACAUUCGGAUCUCAGAACGCCAACACAGAUCUGAUAUUCUUCAGACUCAGCAUGCCAGUUGAGUUUCAUGAGACCUUCAAAGUCCCAGCGGGGACCACCCUUCUUACUCGUGCCCUGACCAUCCCUGAGGAUGAGGUGGUAGAGGUGGACCCAGACUCUGACUUUGAAAUACUCAAGAAGUCAGCCAGUCGCAAAGAGCAGGAGGAGGAGAAGAAAGAACCCUCUGUGCCUAAAGAGAUCCCCGCCAUCAAAAAUGGAGAGAAUGAGAAGGACGCCUCUACUGAGAAAAGCAAGAAGAAAGGAUUCCUAUUCAAGGCUAAAAAGGCAGCAUUAAUCACACCACCACCUGUUGUUCCCACCAUGCCUCGCUUAGUGGAAGAUGUGGUGCCAGAUGACAGGGAUGACAUGGACAUCAUCCUCAACACCACUACAUACUAUUAUUCUGUGCGAGUGUUUGCGGGGCAGGAGCCCAGUGGCGUGUGGGUGGGCUGGAUCACACCUGACUAUCACCAGUAUGACCUUCACUUUGACAUCAGCAAAGUGAGAAAUGUAACAGUCACUGUAGGUGAUGAUAAAGGCAACAUUCAUGACAGUAUAAAACGCAGUAACUGCUACAUGGUAUGGGGAGGGGAGUUCAGCAGCUCCCAGCAGACCCGAGUCAGUCAGGAGGAUUUUGUGAUUGGCUGUCUUAUUGAUUUGGACACAGGACUCAUGACUUUCACUGCUAAUGGAAAAGAGAUAAACACUUUUUACCAGGUGGAGCCCAACACAAAACUGUUCCCAGCUGUCUUUGUCCUUCCUUCCAAUCAGAAUAUGAUUCAGUUCGAACUUGGCAAGCUCAAGAACAUUAUGCCGAUCUCUACCGCCAUGUUCCGGAGUGAACGCAAGAACCCUGUCCCCCAGUGUCCUCCAAGACUGGAUGUCCAAAUGUUAACCCCUGUCAUCUGGAGCCGCAUGCCCAACCACUUCCUGGCUCCAGAGACAGGGCGUGUUAGUGAGAGACUGGGCUGGAUGGUGCAGUGUCAGGAGCCACUUACCAUGAUGGCCCUCCACAUCCCAGAGGAGAACAGGUGUAUUGACAUCCUGGAGCUGUCUGAACGUAUGGACUUGCUGAAGUUCCACUAUCACACUCUGAAGCUGUAUGGUUCAGUGUGUGCCUUGGGAAACAACCGUGUGGCUCACGCUCUGUGCAGCCACGUAGAUGAAUCCCAGCUCUUCUACGCCAUCGAGAACACCUACCUACCUGGGCCAAUGAGGAGCGGCUUUUAUGAUCUGCUAAUCAGCAUGCACCUGGAGUCUGCCAAGAGAAACAGGCUGGGAACCAACAAGGAAUUUAUAGUCCCGAUGACUGAUGAAACACGGAGUAUCACUCUGUACUCAGACAAAUCUCAUGCUUUACCUGGUGUCGGCCUCACUACAUGUCUACGCCCCAAACUCCAUUUCUCUUCCACUGGGUUUGUGGGAACAGAUCCAGACAUCUACACACUGAGUCCAGUCAUCCCCUUACAGGUGCUAAAGACCACGGCCUUGAACAUGCUGAUUGAGGCUGUGCAAGAUGGAGGUCAAGCCAUGAGAGAUCCUGUGGGAGGCAGUGUUGAAUUUCAUUUUGUUCCAAUCCUGAAGCUCAUCAGUACUCUCCUCAUCAUGGGUGUGUUCGAUGAUGAAGAUGUCACACACAUCCUGAAGAUGAUUGAGCCCACAGUCUUCAAAGAGGAAUAUGAGGAUGAUGGCUUGGGUGAAGAGGAGGAGGAGGAGGAGGAAGAGGAAGAAAUGGAGGAGGAGGAAGAAUUAGAGGAGUCAGAAUCCAUUAUGCCACAAGAAGAGCCGGAAACAGAAAAAGAGAUGAAACCUGUAGAGACAGGUGAGGUGAAAGAAGAACAUCUAGACCAAGGACUUUUCCAGAUGAAGCUUCCAGAGUCUGUCAAACUGCAGAUGUGUACUCUGCUGCAGUAUUUCUGUGACUGUGAGCUACGUCACAGAGUGGAGGCCAUCACCGCCUUUUCAGACCAGUUCGUCAGCCGGAUACAGUCCAACCAGAGACAGCGCUACAAUGAACUUAUGCUAGCCUUCACCAUGACUGCUGCCGAGACUGCCCGCAAGACCCGUGAAUUUCGGUCCCCACCACAAGAGCAGGUCAACAUGCUCAUGAACUUUAAGAAUUGCUCUGAGGAUGAAGAGUGCCCUGUCCCCGAUGAGGUCCGCGAAUCCAUGCUGGCUUUUCACAAUGCUCUGCUGGCACACUGCGGUGUUCAUAUUGAAGAAGAAGAGCAAGAGGAAGAAGUGGAUAAUUCUCUCCGCGGACGACUGCUCCGUAUGUUGGAAAAGGUGAAGAAAUUCCGGGAGAAAAAGGUUGAGGUGGAACCUGAGCCGCAGGAAGAUAAAAAACCAAGCACGUUACAGGAGCUGAUUUCCCAUACUAUGAUCCAUUGGGCCCAGGAGUCAUUUAUCCAGAACCCUGAGCUGGUGCGCAUGAUGUUCAGCCUCCUUCACAGGCAGUAUGAUGGGCUGGGAGAGCUCAUGCGUGCCCUUCCCAAGGCCUACACCAUCAACGCAGUGUCAAUUCAGGACACCAUGGACCUGCUGGAGUGCUUGGGACAGAUCCGCUCCUUGCUUAUUGUCCAGAUGGGUCCAGAAGAAGAGAGGCUUAUGAUCCAAAGCAUCGGGAACAUCAUGAGUAACAAAGUUUUCUAUCAGCACCCCAACUUGAUGAGAGCUCUGGGCAUGCAUGAAACUGUCAUGGAGGUCAUGGUUAAUGUACUGGGCGGUGGGGACUCAAAGGAGAUCAGAUUCCCUCGAGUGGUGACCAACUGUUGCCGCUUUCUCUGCUAUUUCUGUCGCAUCAGUCGUCAAAAUCAGCGCUCUAUGUUUGACCACCUCAGCUACCUUCUCCAGAACAGUGGCAUCGGCCUUGGAAUGCGUGGCUCCACCCCCCUGGACGUGGCUGCAGCCUCUUGUAUCGACAACAACGAGCUUGCAUUGGCUCUCCAAGAGCAGGACCUAGAAAUGGUGGUGAAGUAUUUAGCUGGAUGUGGACUGCAGAGCUGUCCAAUGCUACUGUCUAAAGGAUACCCUGACAUCGGCUGGAAUCCUUGUGGUGGAGAGAAAUACCUUGACUUUCUUCGUUUUGCUGUAUUUGUCAACGGGGAGAGCGUAGAAGAGAAUGCCAAUGUGGUGGUACGUCUCCUCAUUCGCAGGCCUGAGUGCUUUGGUCCAGCCCUGAGAGGGGAGGGUGGCAAUGGUCUGCUGGCUGCAAUAGAGGAGGCUAUCAAAAUAUCAGAGGACCCUGCAAGGGAUGGCCCUAGUGUUAAGAAAGACAGACGCUUUCCCAUGUUUGGAGGAGAGGAGCAGCAUGAGGAGAACAGGGUGCACCUUGGAAAUGCUAUCAUGUCUUUCUAUUCUGCCCUUAUUGACUUGCUGGGACGCUGUGCUCCUGAGAUGCACUUGAUCCAGGCUGGUAAGGGAGAGGCUCUGAGGAUCAGGGCCAUUCUGCGGUCUCUGGUCCCUAUUGAGGAUCUGGUGGGAGUCAUCAGCCUUCCUGUUCAGAUACCUUCUUUUGGAAAAGACAACAGCAUCAUAGAGCCAAAGAUGUCAGCCAGUUUUGUGCCAGAUCACAAGGCUCCUAUGGUGCUGUUCCUGGACAGAGUGUAUGGUAUUGACAACCAGGAUUUCCUGCUCCAUGUGCUGGAAGUAGGCUUUCUGCCUGACAUGAGGGCUGCUGCCUCUCUGGACACGGUUAACUUCAGCACCACAGAGAUGGCCCUCGCUUUGAACCGCUACCUGUGUUCUGCUGUGUUGCCACUCAUCACCAAGUGUGCCCCACUCUUUGCUGGCAGUGACCACCGAGCCAUAAUGAUCGACUCCAUGUUGCACACAAUCUACCGGCUGUCUCGUGGACGAGCCUUCACGAAGGCCCAAAGAGACAUCAUUGAAGAGUGCCUCAUGGCUUUGUGCAAACAUCUACGUCCAUCCAUGCUUCAGCACCUGCUCAGACGGCUGGUGUUCGACGUACCCAUUCUCAAUGAGUAUGCCAAAAUGCCUUUGAAGCUUUUGACCAAUCAUUAUGAGCGUUGUUGGAAAUAUUAUUGCCUCCCCAAUGGUUGGGCCAACUUUGGAGUCGCAUCAGAAGAGGAGCUGCAUCUCACUCGAAAACUGUUUUGGGGGAUCUUUGAAUCACUUGCACACAAGAAAUUCGAUGCUGAGAUUUUCAAAAUUUCAAUGCCGUGCAUCUGCUCCAUUGCUGGAGCCAUUCCUCCCGACUAUGUAGAUGCCAGCUACUCCUCCAAAACAGAGAAAAAGGCAUCAGUGGAUGCAGAGGGAAACUUUGAUCCUAAACCAGUAGAGACCACAAACACUAUCAUCCCUGAGAGACUGGAUCCCUUUAUCAACAAAUAUGCUGAAUAUACACAUGAUAAAUGGGCCUUUGAAAAGAUUCAGAAUAACUGGUCAUAUGGUGAGGUGCUGGAUGAAAAUGCAAAAACUCAUCCGAUGCUGAGACCGUACAAGACCUUCUCAGAGAAGGACAAAGAGAUCUACCGUUGGCCGAUCAAAGAGUCAAUCAAAGCCAUGCUUGCAUGGGAGUGGAACCUAGAUAAAGCCAGAGAGGAAGAAGAGUCAGAGAAGAAGAAAGUGGCAGCACGAAAAAUCUCACAGACUGCUCAGGCAACCUAUGACCCAAGCCAUGGCUACAGUCCACAGCCCAUUGAUAUCUCACACAUGGCUCUUUCAAGAGACCUGCAGUCUAUGGCAGAACAACUGGCAGAAAAUUACCACAACACAUGGGGACGGAAGAAAAAGUUGGAGCUUCAGUCCAAAGGAGGUGGAACACAUCCUCUACUGGUGCCCUAUGAUACUCUGACAGCAAAAGAAAAGGCACGAGAUAGAGAGAAGGCUUAUGAGCUGCUCAAGUUCCUGCAGCUGAAUGGAUACGCUGUCACAAGGGGCCUGAAAGACAUGGAGUCUGACAUCUCUUCCAUUGAGAAGAGAUUUGCUUAUGGUUUCCUGCAGAAGCUGUUGAAAUGGAUGGAAAUUGCCCAGGAGUUCAUCGCUCAUCUUGAGGCUGUUGUGAGCAGUGGACGAGUGGAAAAGUCUCCUCAUGAACAGGAAAUCAAAUUCUUUGCCAAGAUCUUGAUGCCUCUAAUCAACCAGUAUUUCAAAAACCACUGCCUCUACUUCUUGUCAACACCUGCAAAAGUUCUGGGUAGUGGUGGCCAUUCUUCCAAUAAGGAGAAAGAGAUGAUUGCAAGUAUCUUCUGUAAAAUGUCCGCUCUGGUGAGACACAGAGUUUCUCUCUUUGGAACGGAUGCUUCAGCAAUUGUUAACUGUCUUCACAUUCUGGCACGGUCAUUGGAUGCAAGGACAGUGAUGAAGUCGGGGCCUGAGAUUGUGAAAGCAGGGCUGCGGUCGUUCUUUGAAAGCGCUGCUGAUGAUAUAGAGAAGAUGGUAGAGAACCUCAAACUAGGCAAAGUAUCCAAGGGCAAUCAGCAAGUUAAAGGCGUGUCCCAGAACAUUAACUACACUACCAUUGCCCUGCUCCCAGUGCUUACCUCCCUGUUUGAUCACAUCGCUCAGCACCAGUUUGGAGAUGACGUCAUGCUGGACGACCUGCAGAUGUCAUGUUAUCGCAUCAUGUGCAGCAUCUACUCCUUAGGGACUGUCAAGAAUCCACAUGUUGAGAGGCAGAGACCAGCUCUUGGAGAGUGUUUGGCUCACCUCGCAGCAGCUAUGCCAGUGGCUUACUUAGAACCCCUUCUUAAUGAAUUCAACGCUUUCUCUGUCUACACCACAAAGACCCCCAGAGAGAGAGCCAUCUUGGGCCUUCCCAAUGAGGUCCAGGAAUUAUGUCCAGACAUCCCAGAGCUGGAUGCUCUGCUGAAGGAGAUUGGGGACUUGGCAGAGUCAGGGGCUCGUUAUACUGAAAUGCCUCAUGUGAUUGAAAUCACUCUGCCCAUGCUGUGUAACUACCUGCCUCGCUGGUGGGAGAGAGGACUUGAAAACUUCCCUGAGAUGGAGGGCCGGCUUUGCACUGAGGUCACAUCAGAACACCUUAAUCAGCUGCUGGGCAGCAUCAUGAAAAUUGUAGUUAAUAACUUGGGUAUUGAUGAGGCCUCCUGGAUGAAGAGGUUGGCUGUGUUUUCACAGCCCAUUGUCAGCAGGGCAAAGCCAGAAAUGCUCAAGUCCCACUUCAUCCCAACAAUGGAGAAGCUGAAGAAACGCACCUCCAAGGUGGUGGCUGAAGAGGACCAUUUGCGGAUGGAGGGGAAAUCAGAGGGAGAUGAAGAAGACGGCACUAUACGUGAUGAGUUUGCUGUCCUCUGCAGAGACUUGUAUGCCCUCUACCCUCUGCUUAUUCGCUAUGUGGACAACAACAGGGCAAGGUGGCUGACAUGCCCAGACCCAGAUGCGGAAGAGCUCUUUCGAAUGGUCGGAGAAGUCUUUAUUUUCUGGUCCAAAUCUCAUAACUUCAAGCGAGAGGAACAGAACUUUGUGGUGAUGAAUGAGAUCAAUAACAUGUCAUUCCUCACCGCUGACAGCAAGAGCAAAAUGAGCAAGGGCGGGGACUCAGAGGGUGGAGGCUCGGAUGCCGAACGCACCAAGAAGAAGAGACGGGGAGAUCGUUACUCUGUGCAGACUUCACUUAUUGUGGCUGCCUUGAAAAAGAUGCUCCCCAUAGGCCUCAACAUGUGCUCUCCCGCCGAUCAGGAGCUUAUCAACCUGGCCAAGAUCCGAUACUCUUUGAGAGACACUGAUGAAGAAGUAAGAGAGUUCCUGCAGAACAACCUUCAUCUUCAGGGGAAGGUGGACAACCCGUCCAUGCGCUGGCAGAUGGCCCUGUACAAGGAGAUGGCAGGGAAGGCUGAAGAUGCCGACGCUCCUGUGAAAGUUGUCAAGAGAGUCCAGGAGGUUUCUGCUGUCCUCUACCACCUUGAAGUGACGGAGCACCCGUUUAAAUCCAAGAAGAUGGUGUGGCACAAACUGUUGUCCAAGCAGAGACGCAGGGCUGUGGUCGCUUGCUUUAGGAUGACACCACUAUACAACAUUCCAAGGCACAGAGCUUCAAAUAUGUUCCUUGAGGGAUACAAACGCAACUGGCUUCACUCUGAGGGUUACUCAUUUGAAGACAGGAUGAUAGAUGACUUAUCUAAAGCAAUGGAGCAAGAGGAAGGAGAUGAGGAGGAGGAGAGAGAAACAAAGCCAGAUCCCCUCCACCAGCUUAUUUUACAUUUCAGUCGCACCGCUCUAACAGAAAAGAGUAAACUUGAUACAGAUCAUCUCUAUAUGGCUUAUGCAGAUAUUAUGGCAAAGAGUUGCCAUAUUGGUGAGGAAGAAGAAGGAGGAGAGGAAAUGGGGGAAAAUGCUGAGGAUGAGAUGUCCUUUGAGGAAAAAGAAAUGGAGAAACAAAGGCUCCUGUACCAGCAGUCCAGACUUCAUAAUCGUGGUGCUGCAGAGAUGGUCCUGCAAAUGAUCAGUGCCUGCAAAGGUGAGACUGGCCCAAUGGUGUCUACAACCCUCAAGCUGGGUAUCUCUAUCCUUAAUGGUGGAAACUGUGAGGUUCAACAGAAAAUGCUGGAGUACCUGAAGGACAAGAAGGAUGUGGGCUUCUUUUUGAGUGUCCAAGCAUUGAUGCAGACAUGCUGUGUCCUGGAUCUAAAUGCCUUUGAGAGGCAGAACAAGGCUGAGGGUCUGGGCAUGGUUUCAGAGGAGGGCACCAAUGAGAAAGUGAUGUCAGAUGAUGAGUUCACCUGUGACCUCUUCCGUUUCUUGCAGCUGCUUUGUGAGGGUCACAAUAACGAUUUUCAGAACUACUUGCGGACGCAGACAGGCAGCACAACUACCAUCAACGUCAUCAUCUGUACUGUAGAUUACCUCCUCCGACUCCAGGAGUCUAUCAGUGAUUUCUACUGGUAUUACUCUGGGAAGGAUGUCAUCGAUGAACCAGGCAAAAAGAAUUUCUCCAAAGCUAUGACAGUGGCAAAACAGAUUUUCAACAGUCUAACUGAAUAUAUUCAGGGCCCAUGCACUGGCAACCAGCAGUCCUUGGCCCACAGCAGGCUGUGGGAUGCUAUUGUGGGGUUCCUUCAUGUCUUUGCCCACAUGAUGAUGAAGCUGGCACAGGACUCCAGCCAGAUUGGUUUGCUGAAGGAGCUUCUUGACCUACAGAAAGACAUGGUUGUUAUGUUGCUCUCACUGUUAGAGGGAAACGUGGUAAAUGGUACAAUUGCCCGCCAGAUGGUUGACAUGUUGGUAGAGUCCUCCAGCAACGUGGAGAUGAUCCUCAAGUUCUUUGACAUGUUCCUCAAACUGAAAGACAUCGUGGCUUCGGAUGCUUUCCGUGAUUAUGUCACGGACCCGCGAGGACUGAUCUCCAAGAAGGACUUCCAGAAGGCCAUGGACAGUCAGAAACAGUACUCCCCUUCUGAGAUCCAGUUUCUUUUGUCCUGCUCAGAGGCAGAUGAGAAUGACAUGAUCAACUAUGAGGAGUUUGCCAGUCGCUUCCAGGAACCUGCCAAGGACAUCGGCUUCAACAUCGCAGUGCUGCUCACCAACCUGUCUGAGCAUGUCCCCCAUGACACCAGGCUACAGAACUUCCUGGAGCAAGCAGAAAGUGUGUUGAACUACUUCCGCCCCUUCCUGGGCCGUAUUGAAAUAAUGGGCGCCAGCAGAAAGAUUGAGCGCAUCUACUUUGAAAUCAGUGAAGUAAACCGCAGACAGUGGGAGAUGCCCCAGGUCAGAGAGUCCAAACGACAGUUCAUCUUUGAUGUUGUUAAUGAGGGCGGUGAAUCAGAGAAGAUGGAAAUGUUUGUCAACUUCUGUGAGGACACCAUCUUUGAGAUGAAUAUAGCCUCACAAAUUUCAGAGCAGGAGGAAGAGGAAAAGGGAGAGGAAGAUGACGAAGGAGAUGAAGUUGGAGGUGAGGCGGGAGCAGGAGGGGGAGCAAGUGGAGGAGGUGAUGAGGAAAGUAACGGAGAGGAAGGGCAGCCCGAAUCAAGCUCUGCCUUUGCAGACUUUAUAAACAGCAUGUUAAGCUUCUUCAGCAUAUUCACCUUCCGUAACCUUCGCAGACAAUAUCGCAGAGUGAGAAAGAUGACCUUCAAGGAAAUUGUAGUGGCUUUGUCUACUUUUUUCUGGACCAUCCUAAUGGGUAUACUACACUUCAUUUACAAUGUGUGCAAAGGCUUCUUUAUGAUCAUCUGGCAAACACUGUUUGGAGGUGGCUUAGUGGAGGGAGCUAAAAAUAUCACAGUGACUGAGAUUUUAGCGAGCAUGCCAGAUCCCACACAAGAUGAUGUGCAUGGAGAUGGACCAGGGGAGCAAGGCACAGGGGAAGAGCAAGACACUGGAGGAGUAACAGACACCGGAGAGACUGGGAGUGGGGAGGAGGAAGAGGAAGAUACCCAGGAAAAAGAGGGUGGGAGGAUACCGGGUGUUGAUGCUCCAGGUGGACUUGGAGACAUGGGUGUAGAGGCCCCUGUUGAACCCCCAACUCCUGAAGGAACUCCCAUAACAAAGAGAAAAGUGAAAGCAGAGAAAGAAUCCCAAAGCAAAGAGGAAGAACGGCCAGAAGAACCAAAGAAAUCUGCGGCAAAAAAAGAAAAGAAGCUGAAAAGGGAAGGAGGUUUUCAAAUCUGGACUGAGCUGGAAACCCAAAGAAAUAAAUUUAUGAACUACCUCUCCAGAAACUUCUACAACCUGCGUUUUUUGGCUCUUUUCCUUGCAUUUGCCCUGAACUUCAUUCUGCUGUUCUACAGGGUGUCUGACACCCCGCCUGAGGGUGAGGAGAUGGAAGGGUCCGGACUAUCUGAGGGAAGCGGGAUGUUCGAGGGCUCUGGGUUGUUUGAAGGUUCAGGGGAAGAAGCUGAGGGAUCUGGGAUGAGUGAAGGGGAUGAGGAUGAAGAAGAUGUGCCAGUUUAUUUCUAUUUAGAGGAGAGCACGGGCUACAUGCAGCCCACAUUGUCCUUCCUUGCCAUCCUGCACACAGUCAUCUCAUUCAUCUGCAUCAUCGGAUACAACUGCCUCAAGAUUCCACUGGUGAUCUUUAAAAGGGAGAAAGAACUUGCAAGAAAGCUGGAGUUUGACGGCCUCUACAUCACUGAGCAGCCUGAGGAUGAUGACAUCAAGGGCCAGUGGGACCGACUGGUCCUCAACACACCCUCGUUCCCAAACAACUAUUGGGAUAAAUUUGUCAAAAGAAAGGUCCUGGAUAAGUAUGGAGACAUUUAUGGCAGAGAAAGAAUCGCUGAACUCCUGGGAGUUGAUUUAGCCUCCCUGGAUGUGAGUCAGCAACAUGAGAGGAAACAGGAAGAACCAGACAAUUUUGCAUGGGCGACCUCCAUUGACAUCAAGUACCAGAUCUGGAAAUUUGGUGUUGUGUUCACAGACGGUACUUUCCUUUAUCUCUGUUGGUACCUGAUAAUGUCUCUGCUUGGACAUUACAACAACUUCUUCUUCGCCUGCCACUUGCUGGAUAUUGCCAUGGGUGUCAAGACUCUGCGCACUAUCCUGUCCUCAGUCACACACAAUGGCAAACAGCUCAUGAUGACAGUGGGCUUGCUGGCUGUGGUGGUGUACCUUUACACUGUGGUCGCCUUCAAUUUCUUCCGCAAGUUUUACAACAAGAGUGAGGAUGAAGAUGAACCAGAUAUGAAAUGUGAUGACAUGAUGACUUGUUACCUGUUCCACAUGUAUGUGGGUGUGCGUGCUGGUGGAGGCAUUGGAGAUGAGAUUGAGGAUCCUGCUGGAGAUGAAUACGAGCUUUAUCGAGUGGUCUUUGAUAUCACUUUCUUCUUCUUCGUCAUUGUCAUUCUGCUGGCUAUUAUUCAGGGUCUGAUCAUUGAUGCCUUUGGAGAACUCAGAGACCAACAGGAGCAGGUCAAGGAAGACAUGGAGACAAAAUGCUUCAUAUGUGGCAUUGGAAGUGACUACUUUGACACAACGCCACAUGGCUUUGAGACCCACACUUUCGAUGAACACAACCUCGCCAAUUACAUGUUCUUCUUAAUGUACCUUAUCAACAAAGAUGAGACAGAGCACACUGGGCAGGAGUCGUACGUAUGGAAGAUGUACCAGGAGCGUUGCUGGGACUUCUUCCCUGCUGGAGACUGUUUCAGAAAACAAUAUGAGGAUCAACUUUCCUAG